GCGCGUUGGACCCUGGAGGAGGAUAAUAGCUGGUGGAGUCUACUCUCUCUCAUGCCAUGCUGGGCCAGAAGGGCUCCGGGAGACAUGUACUUACCCAUAUCCGGGUUGGAGAAAAAAAGUUUCAUUUAAACCUGGACGACAAACUUUCAGCAUGAUGCCUCACUGACAGCGCCACAGCCGCGGCUGUCAGCGACUCAUUUCACCGCGGAUUAUUACGAGCAUUACAGCGCUAGAACAUAGCUUCGUUUUUCAAUUGAAGAUUUUUUUCGUGCUUGACUUUUUCCUCUGUCUGUUUUUUUUUGUGUGAGAGUGUUCUGCUCGUGGGUCAGUGUCCCUGUCUGAAAUGUUUAAGUGACAAUGGCUGCGCAAGUGGCAUCAGCACCGACGACAACUAAUAAUAAGAAAAAUAAAUUGUCUGGCAGUUUGGGUCAAGAGAUACAUUCGGGGAAAUCGGGAGGAGGAACUAUAUCGAGGUCUGGAGCAAUGCUUGGAGCUGGAGAUGGGACUAACACAAUGAAUAAUGUAGACCAUCACCACCAAAACGAGCUCAACAUGGUCAAUUCAACUUCUCCGAAUAACAAUUCUGACACACGGGAGAAGGAGAGUGGAAAUAACAUAACAUCGUCAAAUUCGACGACCUCUCUUGAGGGAAUGGAGACGGGUUUGAUAGCAAACCAUAAACAGAAAAAUGUGAGUGUAGAUCCCCCUCAGCACCUCACGCCGCCGCAACAGCAGUCACAAUUUAACCCGUUUCCUCAGCAUCAGCAGCACCAGAUACAAAGUAACAACAUCAACAACAGCCAAGCGACAAGGGGAGAGAGUGAGAAUCAGCACCACGGAGGGAAGAGGGGUGUUUUGGCGAGCCAGACAGAGCAGCAGAUGCUGAGUAAAGGUGAAGGGGAUCAUACCUGUAAACCAGGGGAGCGAAUGGGUGCCAGGUAUGAACAUGCCAACUUGGGACCAACGACCGACAUCAACAGCCAGCCCCAGAGCGCAGGAGGGGACAGCGCUAUUUCAGAGUUUAAUAACUACUAUGGCACUUCCCGAGUAGGGGCCUGCUAUGAUCAACAUGGCGGACAAAGCACUGGGAUGGGGAUGAUGCACUCCUCGGGACCCAACAACAUGGACCCAGUGCACAACUCCCACGAAGGAUACCACAACAGCCAGUACAACCACUACCCUGGCUACCGGCAGGGCUACGGUGGAGCGGGCUACGGUAUGAUGGCCCCAUCCAGACAGGGCAGUAACAUGCUGAUUGGCCCUGGCAGUAACACUCCAGCUAGCCAUGUCAAGGCUGCUAUGGGAGCUGCUUCCUCCGGUUCUGGUGGAAGUGUUGGGGGCUUUCAGAGAUUCCCAGGACAUACUCAGCAUCCCUCGGGAGCCACCCCAACUCUAAACCAACUGCUGACGUCUCCAAGUCCAAUGAUGCGAGGUUAUGGCAGUGGCUAUCAUCAAGACUAUAACAGUCCCUCUGCACAACAACAAGCUGGCAUCGGCUUAGGCAAAGACAUGACUUCUCAGUAUGGCUCCACAACCCAUGGCUGGCCAGGGCAACAGAGAAAUCACCCGUCCAUGAGUCCUGGAAACGGAGGGCAAGGUAUCAGCAGACCACAGGUGGCUUCCGUGGACUUCAUGGCUAUGAAGCGCUCCCAUCUCUACGGGAUGGGCAACAACCCCUACUCUCAGCAGCAGCAGGGCGGGCCCUACCCCAGCCAGCCAUACGGAUCGCCCGCUACACACAGAUACCCAAUGGGAAUGCAGGGGAGGGGCCAGGCGGGCAUGGGCGGCAUGCAGUACCCUCAACAGCAGCAGGUUCCCCCCCAGUACGGCCAGCAGGGUAUGGGAGGAUACAGCCAGCAGCAGCAGGGAACACCUCCGGGAUCCUACUUCAGCCCCCCCCAGCAGAACCCCACCGCCCCCACACAGCCCCCCUACCUGCCUCCCCGCGCCCCACCCCAGCAGGAGGCUCCGCAGGAGAGCUACAGAGACAGCACCAGGAGUCAGCAGCAUGUCCCAGGGAAUUCUGGGAAGGCCAACCUUGAGGACAUGGGUCUGAUCCCGCAGGACUGCCCCUCCAGCCUCCCGGACCUGUCUGGCUCCAUAGACGACCUCCCUACAGGGACGGACGCUGGUCACAGUUCAGCCGUCAGUGCUACAGGCUCCACCAGUAGCCAGGGGGAGCAGAGUAACCCGUCCCAGUCACCCUUCUCACCCCACGCAUCACCUCACCUGUCUGGCCGAGGCAGCGGCCCAUCGCCCUCUCCUGUUGGCUCCCCCGUGGGCUCUAACCAAUCACGCUCCGGCUCUGGCCCAAUCUCCCCAGUUAGCGGCCCAACCACAGCACAAGGGUCCCAGAUGGCCCCCCAGAUCCCCGUCAACAUGUCGGAUGUCCCUCACUCCCCCUUGACGCAGUCCCCCAUGCCUCAGGAGAGGGGCUUUAUGUCCAACAUGCAGAGAAACCAGUCUGGCUCCCAGUUUGCACCACCACUACCUCAGUCGGGGCCUUCCAUGUCCCCUCACCCCUCUCCUGGUCCUGGUCCUGGAGGACAAAUGUACCCAGGGAUGGGGCCCAGGCCCUACCUCCAGGGUGGCUCCAGUGGCCCCUACGGACCCCAGGGAUCCCAGGCAAACCAGUAUGGACCCCAAGGUAACUACCCACUUCCACCCAACUACGGCGGGACCCCCAGUGCCAACUACAGCGGCCCCGGCCCUGGCAUGACCAACAGCCUGGGUAUGAAUGCCAGCAGCCCCAUGCACGGCCAGGGUCCCGGGCAGCCCAUGCCCAUGGGCCGCAGUCUUGGCGCGGGCAGCCGACCCUACCCCAACAUGGCCCCCAGUUCCCCCAGUAUGCCCCAGCCGGCAGGCCCAGGGAUGGGCCCUCCUUCACUGGGCAACGUCAACCGCAAGGCCCAGGAGGCAGCCACUUCCGUUGCGCAGGCCGCAGUCAACUCUGUACAGAGCAGUAGACCUCCCUGUGUGAGGUCCCCAGCCCUCCACACCUCUUCUGGACCCAGUCCCCUGCCCCCUCUUCCCACCACACCCACCCCUCCUCCUCCUCCUCCUCCUCCUCCUCCUCCUCCUCCUCCUCUCCAACCUCCACACCCCAACUACAACACCCCUCAUUCUCAGCAACACGGACAGGGCAGCUACCCAGGCCCUGGCAUAAACCAGAUGGUGCCCCCCAUCAACCAGUCGCAGGGCAACAACUCAGGCAUGGGCACGCCACAGGGUCCACCCUACAAUAUGCCACCCUCAGGGCCCAUGGGGAUGGCUGGGGAUGGGAUGGUGACUCCAGUUGGGAAGCAGAAAAUGGAUGGCAAGGAGGAGAGCAUGCCCACCAAUGAACCUCCCAGACCCAAGGAUGGCUACAGUGGAUCCCAGUGUGUCUCCCAGCCUACCACCCCUGGUGCCAUGCCUGUCCCCUCUCCUCUGUCCCCCAGCCCAGCCAGCCUGUCCUCCUACCAUGGGGAUGACAGUGACAGCAUUAGCAGCCCCGUCUGGCCAAAGACUCCUUCCAGCCCUAAGCCCAACUCGUCCACCAUGACUAACGAGCGAAUCACACGUCUGUAUGAUAUGGGUGGGGAGCCGGAGAGGCGUGGCUGGGUGGACCGCUACCUUUCCUUUAUGGAGGAGAGGGGUACACCUGUUCCCUACCUCCCUGCCGUGGGCAAGAAGCCCCUGGACCUCUACAGACUCUACAUGGUGGUCAGGGAGAUAGGGGGCCUGGCCAUGGUGAACAAGAACAAGAAGUGGCGUGAGCUGUCCACUAGUCUGAGUGUUGGUACCUCCAGCAGCUCCGCCAGCUGUCUGAAGAAGCAGUACAUCCAGUACCUGUUUGCUUAUGAGUGUAAGGUGGAGCGCGGAGAGGACCCGCCGGCCGACAGCAACACUGGGACUGGGGGGGACAACAGGAAGCAGGCCAAGGUGCAGCCGCCCUCUCCUGCUAACUCAGGGUCCCUGCAGGGCCCCCAGACCCCCCAGUCGUCAGGCAGCAGCUCCAUGGCAGAGAUGUCAGGUGACCUGAAACCCCCCACCCCAGCCUCAACCCCCCAGGGCCAGGGCCAGGUCACCCCCAUCCCAGCCAGCAGGAACAGUGUGGUCAGUGUGCAGGACCCGUUCUCUGAGGUGAGCGACCCGGUCUUCCAGAAGCGUAACUCCCUCCCCCCGGGGGGCCCUGGGGGACCGUACCAGCAGGGGGUCAACAUGCCCCCUGACGUGAUGAUGAGGAUGCAGUAUGAGAAGGACCCCUUCGCUGGCAUGAGGAAAGUGGCAGGAGGGGAUUCCUACAUGCCAGGCCAGAUGCCCAGCGGUGGCAUGCAGGAGAUGUAUGGCAGGCCUCCAUCAGGCAUGGGCCAGCGUUCCCAGUACCCAUACGGACCAGGCUACGACAGGAGACCAGACCAUGUGAUAGGGAUGGAGGGGAGCAUGGGCACCCCCGGGAGCCAGAGCAACAUGGGACCUUCCAACAGCGAGGGCAGCAUAUACUCUCCCAACAGAUACCCCUCCCAGCUUAGACAUGAGGGUUACGGGCAGCAGUACCCUGGCAUGUCAUAUGGAAUGCAUCCCUCAGGGAUGUACCCACAACAACAGGGCUACAAGCGCCCCAUGGAGGGUAUGUACGGCCCCCCAGGCAAGAGGCACGAUGGGGACAUGUACGGCCCCCCAGGCAAGAGGCAUGAGGGGGACAUGUACGGCCCCCCAGGCAAGAGGCACGAGGGGGACAUGUACGGCCCCCCAGGCAAGAGGCACGAGGGGGACAUGUACGGCCCCCCAGGCAAGAGGCACGAUGGGGACAUGUACGGCACCCCAGGCAAGAGGCACGAGGGGGAGAUGUACGGCCCCCCAGGCAAGAGGCACGAGGGGGAGAUGUACGCCAUGCAGUACGGCAGCCAGCAGCCUGACAUGUACAACCAGUACAGUGCUGGUUAUUCUGGUCCUGAGAGGAGGCCCAUGCAGGGCCAGUUCCCUUACCCCUCCCCCUACAGCCGAGAGCGCAUGCAGGCCUCUGGCCAGGGGCAGCACCCCCAGCACCCCAUGGGUCCCCAGAUGAUGGCUGGGGGGCCACCCUCCAACAACGGAGUGGAAGGACCCCAGGGGCCCAACAUGUGGCCCUCCAGGACAGACAUGGGUUAUCCCUACUCUAACAGACAGGGGGCACCCUCCCAGGUACCGCCAUACGGUCCUUUGGGGAGAGGAGAGGAUAUGGAGGGCCGACCCAUCCAAGAUGGUCAGUGGCUCGGGCACGGAGGCCAUCGCCAGUCCUCCUACAUGUCAGGUGGUAUGACCCCUAUGUCCUCUCGCCAGCCCCCCUCUGCCUACCAGACCUCCCCCUCCAUGGCCAACCACCUGCCCCGAGCACCCAGCCCCGGCUCCUUCCAGCGCUCCAUGGAGGCACGGAUGUCCCCCAACAAAGCUGCCUAUAUGGGCUCCAUGAAGAUGCCAUGCAAACCGGGCAUGCCCAUGCCAGGGCAGGGUAGUGGGCACCCAGGCCAGGUCCCACCUAACCUGCGGAGAGACCUCAACUACCCUCUAGGAUCUGUAGAGGCCACCAUGCCCCUUCUCAAGCCCCGCCGCAAAAUGACCUCAAAGGACACUGGAACCCCAGAGGCGUGGCGAGUGAUGAUGUCUCUGAAGUCAGGUCUGCUGGGUGAGAGUACCUGGGCCCUGGACACCGUCAACAUCCUGCUGUAUGACGACAGCACUGUGGCCUCCUUCACCCUCGCACAGUUGCCUGGCUUCCUGGAGCUGAUAGUGGAGUACUUCAGACACUGUGUGAUGGAGAUCUUUGGCAUCCUGGAGGAGUAUGAGAUAGGGACCAUCGGCCAGAAGACCCUCCUGGGGCCUGAAGCCUGUAACCAGGGGGAGGAGCUGACCUCUGAACCUGAGAUGGACUGUGAGGCCAGCCAACCAGAGCCUGAGCCUGAGCAGGAGGUGGAGAGGGGGGAGGUAGAGAAGGGGGAAGUAGAAAAUGGGGAGGACAAACCUGCUGACAUCACAGAGAAAAUGACAGUGGAACUGAUGUCUCCCCCCAGUGCAACGGAACCAGCCCCUGAGGGAAUGAAGGAGGAAUCUGAAGCCGAAGUGAAGGUAAAGAAGGAAGAGGGGGAGAAAGAACAGGAAGGAGAGAAAGAAAAAGGGAAAGAGGAAGGAGAAAAUCCCACGGAGAGUAAGAAAGCCACAGCUGAAAGUAAGGAAGACUAUCCUAAUCAGUCAGAGCCAAGGCCACAACAGGCCAGCAAGUACGACAAGUUUCCCAUUAAAAUCCUGCACAAAGAGGACCUGAUUGAGGACAUGACGGAGCAGCUGGCUCACGUGACAGAGUUCACUAGCGGACUGCUCCACUGGCAGGUAGGCGGGGGGGAUUCCACGGCCCACAUCCAGACCCACUUUGAGGGCAGGGGAGAGCAGCCUGACAGGACGGAGGGAGAGCGAGACGAAUGUGCCAUUCUGAAUAAAGAGCAGGAGACUGACUCAAGGACAGAGGAGAAGGGGAAUCGUAUCACCGCCACCAUCGAUGACAUACUGUGUGCCCGGCUCGAGGCUCUGUCAGAGGGCCACCCCACCCACUCUGCCCCCACCUACCCAUUCAGGCUGCACCAGGGCGGGGGCCACAUGCACAUCACCUUGCUGGAGGACGAGCCCCGCUGUUUGAACGAGGCUCCCCUCUCCACAGCUUCUCCUUGGCAGGACUCCCUGGCCAAGCGCUGCCUCUGUGUGUCCAACAUCCUCCGCAGCCUCUCCUUCAUCCCUGGGAACGACUCAGACAUGUCCCAUCACCCAGGCCUGGUGCUGAUCCUGGGCAGACUGCUGCUGCUCCACCACCAGCACCCAGAGAGGAAGAGGACGUCCCCUAGCUACCAGAGAGAGGAGGUGCAGGAGCGGGGCCUGGCCUGCAGUAAGGAUGAGUGGUGGUGGGACUGUCUCACUAUACUCAGGGAGGACACCUUGGUCACCCUGGCUAACAUCUCUGGCCAGCUGGACCUUUCCCUCUACCCAGAGACCAUCUGCCUGCCCAUCCUGGAUGGCCUACUCCACUGGAUGGUGUGUCCCUCUGCCGAGGCCCAGGACCCCUUCCCCUCGGCCGCCCCCCACUCCCCCCUAACCCCCCAGAGACUGGUGCUGGAGUGCCUGUGCAAGCUGAGCAUCCAGGACAACAACGUGGACCUGCUGCUGGCCACGCCACCGUUCAGCCGCCAGGAGAAGCUGUAUGCCACCCUGGUGCGCUAUGUGGGUCAGCGUAAGAACCAGGUUUACCGCGAGAUGGCUGUGGCCACCCUCUCCAACCUGGCACAGGGGGACUCCACGUCGGCACGCGCCAUCGCAGUACAGAAAAGCAGCGUGGGUAACCUGAUGGGCUUCCUGGAGGAUGGGGUGAGCAUGGCCCAGUACCAGCAGAACCCCCACAGCCUGCUGCACAUGGUCCACCACCCCCCCAUGGAGCCCCCCAGUGUUAACAUGAUGUGUCGGGCUGCAAAGGCUCUGCUGGCUAUGGCCAAGGUAGAGGAGAACAGGCCAGAGUUUGUCUUGUACGAGGGCAGACUCCUGGACAUCUCCAUCUCCUCUGUGCUCAACCCGGGGGUAGCCAGCAUUGUAUGUGAAGUACUCUUUCAGUUUGUUAAAAAAUUAUGACAGGAGGAUAGACAGGCCGGAGUCAAGAGAUGGACAGAGAGACGAUGAGAUGAAAACCUUUUUCUGUGGUUUUAUAGUUUUAUUUAAAUUAAAUGGAAGAAAGUUUAUAUAUAUACAUAUAUAUAAACGUUCUUCUAGUUAAUUUAAUAUAUAUAUAUAUUUAGCUCCUCUGCCCCAAUUAACACUUUGGUUUUGGGAUUUGAAAGAUGAUUUUAAUACAAAUAUUUAAUACCUGCUGUUGUUUAAAUGUUGUAUAUUGUUUGAAGACUUUUGUUUGUACUUUUGUUUUGUUUAACCAAAGCUGGUGCCAGAUUUCGGAGAGGAUUCUUUCAUUUAAUUUUUCUCUUUUAAAUGUUUUGGAAUUUUAUAAAUGUUUAAAUCUGUAUGUAUCAUAUAUGGUUUGUUUUGUUAACGAAGCACAGAUUAAUUUCAAUUGUGAGAGAUAUUGCACAUAGAACUUUUCUUGCCACACAAAAAAGGAACAUUGAUUUUACACAAACAUGUAAAUGCAUCGCUGGAGAAAUUGUGCAAUAGAACUAGUGCAAGAUGUCUGUUGAGGGCAACUAAAAGAUGUGAAUCUUUUUUUAAACACUUGCAAUAUGUGAUUUUGACCAUGGGUAGGCAGUGUUGCAUCAGCCAAUCAAAAACAUUUAAAAUAUUGUCCUAAUUUUAACUGUCAAACGUUUGACUUGCUUCAUCGUUGUCAAUCAUUACUACUACAUCCGGGAGUCCAUUUUCACAAAGGAACAGUAUCUUAAGCACUUGCAUUUGUUUGAUUUCCUUUUUAACCAAUGUAUAUAUAUAUAGACUUAUGUACAUUGGACACUACUUCACUCUUUGUUUCAGUUUUGGUUGAUUCUCUACAUUCACUAUCAAAAAUAAUGUUAUUACAAAGUGAUGGAAGUUUCUGACUAUUACAACAACUACUUUUGUUAUUGGUAAGAUGUGUUAUUGUCGUUAUACAUAUUUUGUUAUUGGGGUCAAAUAUUUGAACAGAGGUUGUAUAGGUCUCUGUAUGUAUAAAGUUCCUGUACUACGCAUUGUAAUAUAGCUUCAAGCUGAUCAAAACAAUAUUUGGUAAUGAAAUGUGGAAAUGCCAGGGUCAGGGAUAACUAGCUGAGGUUACAGAAGACUUGUGAACAUAUUUAUUUUCUUUUAUGUCCUUCAUUCAUGUAAAUUGACAUAUUUUUAAGCCAAUGUAGUUCAAAAAUAAAACUCAGAAAAGAACCCACAACACAAACAAGGUCUGACAACCCUUUUUUUCUUCUUACUCAAUGACUACCUUUGAUUAAUUAUAAAUCUAUUUAUACUCUGUGUUCCACAUGUUAUGAAUAAAAUGUACACUGACUAUUGUGAAGCA